AUGGCUCCCUCAGCAGUAGAUGUUUCCUCCUCGGAGGCCGCCACAACCACUUUCGACCCUGCACGCCCUCUCGCUGGCAAGGUUGCACUGAUCACAGGUGCCGGCCGUGGAAUCGGCAGGGGCAUCGCAAUCGAGCUCGGCCGCCGCGGUGCUAACAUUGUUGUCAACUACGGAAGCUCAGCCAAGUCGGCCGAGGAGGUCGUCUCAGAGCUCGCCAAGCUCGGCUCUAAGGGCGUUGCCCUCCAGGCAGACAUCAGCGACCCGGCCUCAGUGAGCGGUCUGUUCGAGAAGGCCAUCGAGCACUUCGGUUACAUCGACUUUGUCAUCUCCAACUCGGGCAUGGAGGUCUGGUGCCCCGAGGUGGACGUCACGCCCGAGCUGUUCGACAAGGUGUUCGGGCUCAACUGCCGCGGCCAGUUCUUCGUCGCGCAGCAGGCGCUCAAGCACUGCAGGCGUGGCGGCAGGCUCAUCCUCACCUCUUCCAUCGCCGCCAGCAUCGGCGGUAUCCCCAACCACGCCCUUUACGCCGGCUCCAAGGCCGCCAUCGAGGGCUUCACGCGCGCCUUCGCCGUCGACUGUGGCGAGAAGGGCAUGACCGUCAACGCCAUUGCCCCCGGCGGCGUCAAGACCGACAUGUUCGACGAGAACGCCUGGCACUACGUCCCCAACGGCUACAAGGGCAUGCCCAUGGACAUCAUCGACCAGGGCCUGGCCAACAUGUGCCCACUCAAGCGCGUCGGUACCCCCGCCGACAUUGGCAAGGCUGUUUUCACCCUCUGCAGUGAUGAGGGCGAGUGGAUCAAUGGUCAAGUGAUCAAGCUGACCGGAGGAAACGCUGUGUAA